UCCUUAAUGUGAAUGUGAAUCAGCACCAUUUCAUAAGAAGAUAAACUCCAAUCGAGAAAAACCUUCAAGAAAACAUACAAAAUUGAGUUCCUGACCACCCCACUGAAGGCAGAAGAAAGGGAUUUAGUUCGGACUUGGGAUAAUUUGAUUUGAAGCAUAUAAUCCAAGGAGUUUAACCCAAAAAUCAACCAAGAUUUCAUCCAAAUUCUGCAAAUAAAUCUGAGUUCUUGGAAGUCAUGGCUGUUGAUGAUUCAAGUCAAACUCCAACCAGGCUUGAGGGAAAAUUUGGUGCAAACAUAAUAUGUUGGAUUCUUGGAAUUGGAUCUCUCAUAUGUUGGAAUAGCCUUACUUCUAUAGACGACUACUAUUACGAUGUAUUUCCAGAUUAUCAUCCGUCUAGGGUUCUUACUUGCGUCUACCAACCUUUCGCCUUUGGGUCAAUGGCAUUCCUAGCAUAUAACGAAUCAAAGAUUGAUACUAGGAAACGCAACAUUGUUGGAUACAUCAUGUUCUUCUUCGCGACUUUUGCCCUCAUUUUGUUGGAUUUAGCUACAUAUGGGAAGGGUAGCAUUGGAUCUUACAUAGGUAUAUGUCUUUUUGUUGCUGCUUUUGGGAUAGCAGAUGCCCUAAUUCAAGGCGGGAUGAUUGGCGAUUUGGCUCUCAUGUGCCCUGAAUUCAUUCAAUCUUUCCUAGCCGGAAUGGCUGCAUCAGGGGUUAUAACAUCUGGUUUACGAUUACUAACAGAAGCUAUUUUCAAUAAUUACGAAAAUGGCCUUCACAAAGGAGCAUUGUUAUUCCUCUCGAUCUCCACACUGUUUGAGUUUUUAUGCAUCUUUCUGUAUGCCUUCAUUUUCACUACGUUACCAAUUGUGAAACACUAUCGUACAAAAGCAGCUCUUGAAGGUUCACAAACAGUUUCAUCAGAUCUUAAUGCUGCUGGAAUUCAAACAGAUCUCACCCUCACCCAAAAACUGGUUGAUGGUGAUCUUGGGCAUCUAGACAGAUUGAGCAACAAAGAACUGUUGUUUCAAAACUUUGAUUACGCGUUAGACUUGUUCUUAAUAUUUGCCUUGACAUUAUCGAUAUUUCCGGGGUUCUUAUACGAAAAUACCGGAAAACACCAGUUGGGUUCAUGGUAUCCGCUUGUUUUAGUAGCAACAUUUAAUUUUGGGGACUUGGUAUCACGAUAUAUUCCAUUAAUAAAUUGCCUCAAGUUGGAAUCACGAAAAGGGCUUAUGAUCUUAGUCUUUUUGCGCUUCUUGCUUGUUCCUGCAUUUUAUUUCACUGCAAAAUAUGGAGAUCAAGGAUGGAUGAUUAUGCUAGUCUCGUUUUUGGGGUUAAGUAAUGGUUACCUUGGUGUAUGUGUUCUCAUGGCUGCUCCCAAGGGCUAUAAGGGUCCGGAGCAAAACGCGUUGGGAAAUUUGCUUGUGUUGUUUUUGCUCGGUGGCAUAUUUUUGGGUGCGGGUCUUGACUGGUUAUGGCUUAUUGGGAAUGGAAGCGUUUUAGACCAAAGUGCUAAAGAGAUCGUUGAGUACUUUGCAAAAUCUUCCUACAUAGAUGUCCUUUAG